ACGAUAAUAAAUAGGCGUUAGUCAAUAAAAAAGGAUCCCCCCUUCUCAUCAAAUUCCACUCCAGUCUAUCAUCAACCACAGGCUCUCUCUUACGAAAAAAAGAGAUUUCAAGAAAAUAUGCCCAGAAAUAGAUUCAGUAGAGAACUGUAAACCAACCAAUUAAAACUACAAGUAGCAGUAGAAUUGCAGUGUGGAAAAGGGAUUUUACUCUGUAGUGUGUAUAAAUUAUUUCAAGAAAAGUGCGACUAAGAUAGAGGGAAAUGACAACGCCCUCAUUGAUGCAUUUUGAUUCCUUCAAACUUUCUCACUUUUCUACUGUUAUCACAACAACAUCUGCCUGUAGUUUUAGCCCUUUUCAGUCCCUUUCUUCACGGAAUGACCCAAGGUUCGCUUCUUCACAACGCUCUCCUCUGCGGAGAAACCGGCCUCCAUUCUCAUGGAAAACAAGGUGGGUCAUACAACUCAACUGCUUACUGCUUGUGAGUGGGAGAGCCCUUUGUGCUCUAUGUCUUGGGAGCUGGCUUGUCUCCAGUGGUACUACACCAAUUGGGGGACUUAGAAAUGACUACAAUCUGGACUUGGCUUUACAAAGAGAGUGCCUAUGCAAACAAACUGGUAUCUGUAAAAAUAGGUGGCUAUGUGGAUGUGAGAAAAGACAUCAAAGCUUAGACAACCUGAGAGAUGGGGACAAGAAUGAGAUACAGAUGUUUGGUUCUGAUGAAGAAGUCAAAACUCAGAUUCCAACCCAAGCCCAAUCUCUCGUUGAAGGGUCAGGAGCAGUUAUGGUAUCGGAGUAUAAGCCUGUUUCAGAUAUGGACUAUCUACAGGAGCUAUUAGCGAUUCAACAACAAGGGCCAAGAGCAAUUGGCUUUUUUGGGACUCGAAAUAUGGGGUUCAUGCACCAAGAACUUAUUGAGAUUCUCAGCUAUGCAUUGGUUAUAACGAAAAAUCAUAUUUUUACAUCAGGAGCUUCAGGUACUAAUGCUGCUGUUAUUAGAGGUGCCCUUCGUGCUGAAAAACCAGAGCUGCUCACUGUAAUAUUGCCACAAAGUUUGAAAAAACAACCUCCAGAGAGUCAAGAAUUACUUUCUAAAGUAAAAAAUGUAAUGGAGAAGCCCCACAAUGAUCAUCUCCCAUUGAUAGAAGCUAGCAGGCUGUGCAACAUGGACAUCAUCUCACAAGUACAACAAGUUAUUUGCUUUGCAUUUCAUGACAGUAGAUUGCUCAUGGAAACAUGUCAAGAAGCGAAAAAUAUGAGGAAGAUUGUCACUCUCUUUUAUCUGGAUUAAGUAAAGUCUAAAGUAUUAUUAAUUUGUCCUUACGUUGUUCAACAAGUGAAGUCCGUCUAGAUUAGAAUGCACAGAUUUGACGCUUUUUUGUCUACCCAGAAAAGAGAAACUGCAAAACGGGAGCACAUUCAUAUCUUGUUUAUCAGAAUGAUAAUGGCUUUCAAUGUUCAAUGCGCAUCUGCGCAGAUAAUUCGCUGAAAUUUACUUUUCCCUUCCCCCAAUAAAUAUUGAUUCUUUUUUAU